GUGGAUAAAUAUAGAUAUAUUAGAGCUGUAUCAGGGCUGAGGCACAGGAAAGUCCUUUCAAUGUCAACAAACAUGGCCUGAGAGGAGGAGUUAUGUCAAUAUGUCCAUCGGGUAACAGCUGCUGUUUAAACUUGACCAAAAAACUUCAGGGCAAACUGUCGGAUUGGGUCACUGCAGGCUGUGUGCUGCCAAUGAUAACAGCCGGCCAUUCAGUCACGGUCCAAACUUUACCACUCCAGAGUACUCCGAAAAAACUACUAUGUGCUUAAUUUGUAUAGUUUUCGCAAGGUUCUCCUAACUAUAACCCCACUUAAACCAGCCUCUCAGUAUUUUAGUUAUUUAAUUUCAUGCUUAAAAAGUGAUGAAAUCUCAUAUAAAAUAAUGUUAGGCCCUGUAGUAUUUGUAGUGUGUGUCUUUAGCCAGUGGUGUUAUCACAUACUGCAUUCUAUAGUUUCAUACCAUAUAACAGGGUCAUGGUAAGUUCACAUUAGCAAGUGUUGACUGUGACUAAUUUUCAGUGGAGUGCAUGCAUCAUUUCACAUGUGGUAGUUAUACCAGUCAUGCUAGGGGGUGGUUGUAAUGGAGUAUACUUCUAUUAUGUAAUCAUCACAGACAUAUCUGGGAAUAUGGCUCUGGUGAUUAUGUAAACUACUAUGGCUGUUGCUGCAUAUAUAUAGGUUGGAGACAUAGAAAUAUCUGCCACUCUCUCUUUUGUUUGUGCAGGUGCAGUGCAGUGCAGUAUAAAGUGCAGGAAAGUGGAAAGCAGAUUAUGAAGGUGCUCUGAAGGAUGGUGAGCCACUACCGCCUGGGAUCUUUAUGUACGGCGGACCCUGGAAAUACCUCACUUUCCUGAAUCUGGUGCUGCAGAUGGUGUUUUUCGGGCUGGCAGCAGCGUGUGACUUUCAGUCCUCUUUGGGGAAAGGCAUGGCCAAACAGCGGAACCUGUGCAAGGACCUGCUCUUCUCAGUCUUUGCUUUCCCAGUGGGAAUGUUCGUGGUGCUACUUUUCUGGGUGAUCUUUACUUAUGACCGGGAGCUGGUCUACCCUGUCUCAAUGGAUGACUUCUUUCCUCCUUGGAUGAACCAUGCAAUGCACACCUUGGUCCUGCCUUUCUUAUUGGGUGAGAUUCUGAUUCAGCCACACAAGUAUCCCAAAACCAAGAAUGGCCUGGCUGCUCUGGGCAUUGUGGGAAUUGCUUAUUUGAGCUGGGUAGUUUGGAUUUACCUGGCUGUUGGAAUCUGGGUGUACCCUCUGCUUGGCCUCUUCAGCACCCCAGGAAUUGCGGGGCUCUUCUUCUGCAACAUGACCAUUGUCACCCUCCUCUACCUGCUGGGACAGACUCUGAACGAGCAGGUCUGGGGAUAUAGGGCAGUGAAUUCUACCUCAUCCAGUGGAAAAAGGAAAACCAGAGUGGCAGACUGAUAAUGGACCCAUCAGUCUGAACACAUAAGACGGGACUGGUCUAUCAGGCUUCAAUAUGCUCGGACACAACACAGUGUCAAUUGGAAAAAGUUUUAAACUGCUAAAAAUAAAGUUUCAACUGUUUUGAGGCUUGUACUUCCUUUA